AAUGCAUGCCCAGGUUUCAUUCAUAUACUGAAGAUGCGAGGUUAAAACCACCGCCAUUGUGUAAAGGUUAUUGAGGAGUGCUUAUAGAUGUUUGUUGAGGUCCUGGGAUUAAUGAUUUGCAUUGCCUAAGUCACUUUUGAAAUGGCACUGCCUACAUUGUAAAAGUAGACCGUAAGUGUUUUCUUUCUUUUGUUGCAUAACACUUUCAGAUUAGUUUAGAUACAAGGCGGGAAUGUAACUAAGUGUGAAGACAAAUGUCACAAAGUUUCAAGACGAGAAAAGAAACCUGUGACGUAAAGAAGAUAUCACUAAGCAGUACCUUUUCCCUUCGUAUGACAGUUUUCACAGGAGAUAAUAUGACAUGUAGAAAUAUGCCACAAUAUGUGAAGAAGGACUUAAAGUGUCAGAAUGAUGUCAAGCAAGAUAUUCCUGAAGAAAGUGACGAUUCCGCAGAAGAAUUUCACAUUGAUGAGGAAAUUGAUAGCUAUUUGAAUCAGUUGGAAGCAAUUCCUAUUGAACUGUUUGAAGAAAACUGUGGUGACAGUUCUGAUGGUAAUAUUGGACUUCAUAAUGUUCUUACAGAAACAUCAAAAACUGCAAGCAGAAAUGCACCCGAGUGUCCAGGUUCUGCGCCUCUUGCCUCCACUGAAAACACUGAGUCUGAAUCUGCUGCAAGUACCAGUAAUGUUACUGCGAAGAUUGUCUUUCAUGUCUCACAGCAGAAGAGGCAAGAGGAAGAAAAUGAGCCGUCUGUUGCAGCUGUUAAUAACAGACAGGCAGUUUCGGGUUCAGGUUCAGAAGAGGAUUUAUCUGGUGCAGUCUGUAGACAGCUAGUAUCAGGAACUUCACAGAAAACAGCUGAUAGAGGGACAGACAAAUAUCCGAACAGUAAAGAAGGAAUGUCGAAAGAAGAAUCACUCUCAUCUUUUAUAAAUCUGAACAGAAAUGUUAGUUUGGAGAAAUCAUCUGGAAAAUCCACACAUGUGAAAGGAAUGAGAAGAUCACCUAAAAGUAAAAAGAAGAAGAGGAGACAAGAAAGGGACGGAGAAAAUUAUAGUAACAGAUUAAUUUCAGUUAGUAGUACAAAUAUUGUAACUGUGCAGGGUUCAAAUCCUUCAUCACCAGCACUACAUGGUCUGACAACAGGUAUCGCUUCCUUUUUAGGAGCCAGCCUAAGGUCCAAAGUAGAUUCAUUAGAUGUGCUUAAAGGAGAACGUGGUGACAGUGAAGAGGAUGACAGAAAUAGUGUCUCUCUAGACAAUAUCAAAACAGACUGUAGUUUUCUGAAAUACGGGAAUAAUUCGUGUUCUUCGUCAUCUUCCUUGUCUGGGAGGGAAACAGUUAUUUUGCCUUUCACGGAUCCCAGACUGCCUCAUAUGAAGCGAGAAUUACAGCUUGCUUCUUUGAAAAUUGGUGACUUAGCACAUGCUUCAUCAUCAGAAAGGUCGCCCCCGUCUUCAGCGGCUUGUGUGAUUUCAAAACAUAAACUGUCACACCUUCCCAUUUCUAAACCUGUUGAUACAGGCGGUGAAAUUGUAGGUAAAGAUUAUCCUCCAUUGCUCAAAUGUCCGUCAGGCUCCAGUGAAAUAUGCUCAGAAACAGGUACAGGUAACGGUGAAAGUGAUGUUUUAUUGACGCCGGAACGAAGUAGACAUUUGAAGAAAUCAAAGUCAAAGGAUGAGAAUUCCCACACAGUUUAUCAACAUCCAACAAGACAAUCUCAUUCUAGCUUACGUUCUACCAGGAAAAGGUUACGAUUGAAAUCUAGUCAGUGCAGGAGUGAACACAAGGUUUUACAGUCAAAAGUAACAGUAAGAAGAAGAAUGUCGUGUUCCAGGACACCAUCAACCUGCAGUUCUUGUAGUGCGGGUGCAUCUGAAUUAUCAUUGCAUAGACGGAAAUCAUUGACACCUUCUCCACUAAGAUACUCAAGUUCAAAAUCCUCUCAUGUAAGGUCUUGUGAAUCCCAAGUUUCACCCCGUUUGGAUACCACAGGCCAACAAACUGAAGAACCAAGAACACUAACGGACUGUAGAUCAGAUUCCUCAAUGAAAGCAGGGACUAAAUUAAGUAAUCCAGAAUCUCAGAUUCCUGGGUCAGACCCAGAAAUAAUUUCUUUACCUUAUUCUCCUAUAAGCAGUAAGUCUGUGUCAGUAUCACCUAAACGAAGCACAGAUUAUAGAGACUUGUCACCUGUCAGUAGUGAUGCAUCGUAUCCACGAGCAAGGACAAGAUCUUGUUCAGGGAGGCUGAGAAAGACCUGGAAGUCACAAUCAAGAUCCCCAUGUAGGUCCAGUAGAAGAUACAGAUCAAUAACACCUUGGAGGAGAAGACGAAAAUAUCAGAGAUCACAAUCCAGAUCUGCAUCUCCACAAAUGCGACGAACAAAGUCAAGAAGUCCAAUGACAUCAAGAUCGAGAUCUAGGUCUCCAGGAGGAACUAAACGUUAUAAGUCGCAAUCAAGAUUUCCAUGUAGGUCCAGUAGAAGAUCCAGAUCAAUAACGCCUUGGAGGAGAAGACGAAAAUAUCAGAGGUCACACUCCAGAUCUGCAUCUCCACAAAUUCGACGAACAAAGUCAAGAAGUCCAAUGAGAACAAGAUUUAGGUCUCCAACUAAACAUCAUAAGUCAAAACCAAGGAGCAGAAAGUCCCGUUCUACAAGAGCAGAUUCACAAAAACACAGAAGACGUUCUAGUUCAAUGUCUAUUAGUCCUCCGACUCCAACAAAGAAAAGGAUGAGGCUGGAGGAGCAGACAAAAAGUAGAUUGACUGCUUCAGUUGCAGCUUUGAAUAGGAUCCAGACUGCUGCCACAGCAGUGAGUGUCCCCCAAAAUCAUCACGCACCUGUUGCCACUACCAGGUGUACAAUGCCUUCGGCUGCGUUGCCCCGUCAGCUGCCUGUACAGACUACUUGCGUACCAGCGCAAGGGAGCAGUGCCGCACUGGCUCACGACGCUUACCGCUCUCCUUCACAUUGCGAGCGCAUGACAUCAUCUGCUCUGCCCUACCCUACUCCAGCACGCCACGACAGUCAAACAUAUCAGCAACAACGAUAUCAGUUUCUGUACCUUAAGGGAGAAUACCAGAGAACUGAAUCAUCAUAUAUAGCUUCAACAUCAGUCGAUCAUAUGUAUGGAGCUUACAGUGGAAUGAGUAGUUCCCACCAACAAGGGUAUUACCACAAUCCACAAACAAACUUUAGUCAUUCUAAACUGUAUUUUCCUUAUCCACCACUGCCACCACCACCACCGCCGCCGCCGCCGCCGCCUCCACUACCUUCAAAUAUUGCAUACCCUCCUAUUGUAGAAGAUCAGCAAGUUUCCCCUCCACCUUUACCUGUCGAAGAUUAUCCCCCUCCACCACCCCCUCCUGAACGUGAUUCUUCCUCAGAAGGACAGUUGAGCUUCGGUCUUCCUAUAGAAAAUCAUUUAAAACGAGCAGGGAAGGGCAAUCAGUCUGCACUUCAUACCAGACUUCAGGCAAACCUCGGGUAUCUUCUUCCCGAGGUAAAAAGGAACGAGCCUGCCUCUGAUGUCUUGAAAGCUCUUCACUCACCUGGAAGGGCGCAGGAUCUGGCAGGAUCCCUGUCAUCUUCAGCAUCACCACCUUCCUACAGUCCGUAUGCGCAGACUCCUAUAAAAGAAGACAUAAUGUCAGAAAAAUCAACUCCAGAGUCUUUAAGCAAGCCAGAUAUGCUGGAAGGAAGAGCAGAUAUUGUAAAGAAUUCUAGUCAACCCCAGGUUCCUGCAGCUGCUUCAGAUAGUCAUGAAGCUAGUUUGAAAAUUUUGCCACCAUCAGUCUUGGCAAGUAGAUCUAUUCAUAAGGAUACAAAUUUUCUUUUGGGUGCGUUAAGCAACACAGGUUCACACAACAAAGACACGAGUAACAGAUUUGUUUGCAAAGAAACCGAUGAAAUUAAAACAAAACAGAUUCUUUCCUCUACACUUCGUUCACAUCCAAGAUAUAAACCUAUAGUACUGAAUCUUCUACCUAUAAAGACUGUAAGUAAUAAUGCCCUUUUCCGGAGUAAUGGGAGUGAUGCGGAAUUGUCAUCGUCAAGACAGAUGGAAGGCACGGAGCGUGAACUUCCAUCAUCAUUUCAGCAGGGUAGUGUGAACGGAUUUAAACAGCCUCCGUGUAUUAAUGCUGAUGUUGAUAAAGAGACAGUUAAACCUAGCAAUACAGAUAAGUCAUUAAGUAUACAAGUCACAAAUUUCUGUGAUAAGAAGGUUAAAAUACUAUCCGAAGAUGAUAUUGAUGAAAGUGAUACCUCAGUGUCAAAAUUAUUAGGACAGUCUUUUACUUCUAUUCAAAGUACUGAGUUGCCAGUUUUGUUAACAGCGAAUAUCAAGAAUCAGUUGCGUGAUGAUAAUGCGCCUUUAUCUGGUCCUGUUGAGAUUGUCAGAAAAAUGGAGAACGUACUGACAGAUUUAUCAGUUCCUGAUAGUACAGAUUCAGAUGCACUGAAUUGUUCUGACACUUCAUUAUAUAAUGCUUUAAUGGAGGAGAAUGAGUGCAGUGUGCGUGUGAAAUCUGAUGUUGGUGCAGUUCAAGACUGCAAUGUCAGUGGAGUGGUUGGAGAACAUGGAGAGUCUCCAGGUAUGAAGAAGAGCAUAGAAGUAAGAGACGGUCGUCGUACACCUGAUGAACGAAGGUCAGGAGAAGGCUGUUCGGAUAUUGCACAUGAGAAUAUAGGAAAAAUACCUUUGCCUUUAAUUAGGAGUAAAAAAAUAGCCUUGUCAGUUAAAAGUUCUAGUCUAUUGCUGCAGGAUGUUUGUCAAGAAAUAGCAACUCAAGAAAGAAAGGCUGGAGAAAGAUUCGUCAUUGUUUGUGAUGAGGGGAAUGUAAAUAAAUCUGCACCUGUAACAGCAGCAGGGAAUAUGAAAGAGGAAGUACUCAUUUCAGAAACAGGAAGUGAAAGGAAAAGUGUUUGUGGAUUAGAGGAGUCAGGAAGGUCCACAUCACUGCAAAAUACGGCGGAAUUCGAUCAUGAAGAAAAACACGAACAGUUGUCACUAUUGGAUAAAACAGAGAAUAAAGAAAUGGUGACAAUUGUGUCUGAAAUGGAAAACAAAGUCGUGGUUGAAUUAAUGGGCGAAGGGAAAUCGGCUGCAUUGUCCGCAGAUGGUGGAUGUGCAUCUGGACACUUCGGUGAUGCAGGAAGUACAGAUUUUACACCAAAUGUUUGUGGAGUUAUUUGUAAAUGUAAUGUUUCAAAAUUAGACAGUAAGGACACAGCUGGUGAUUCUACUUCGUUGCCUGGAAGGGAAUGUGCUCGACUAACAGCUCUGAAGAUUAAUACGGCAAGUGAAGAGGACGCACCAGUUGAACCAGAAAUAAAGACUGGUGAAUUAUCUGCAUCAUUGCCUAAAAUAAGUGGUAAGGAAAUAAUGUCUUCAAUGGAAGACAGAUCUGAAAUAGAAGAUAAACUUACGGCUGUGACAAUGCUACUUUCACUUGAAGAAGGAUGCAGAGAAAUGACUGACAAAGAGAUGAAAUGGUAUGUACUUCGCGAAUCAUCAGGAUGUAUAAUAAAUGAAAUAGAACCCCCUCUCAGUACAGCAGACAAGUCUAGCACAACAGAGUUUGUAGAACUAGUGGACCGCAAUACAGUUAUCCCUGUUUCCAACUCUUUGUCAUUAAUUGCAACAUCACAACCAAGAGAUAAUUCCUCAAGUGAUGCUGAAAUUUCUUCAUUGCAAGAACAAUUAGCCACUGUGUCACCUAUACAUUUUUUAGGACACCACAUUUCACAGAAUGAUACAUACUUCCCUGCUGAGGUUGAAACAAAACUUAAGUCUGAUGAGGAAAACCCGUCAGUAUCUUUAUCGGAAGUAACGCAUCAUGUAGGACCUACUUCACCUUCUGGAAAUAAGGAGAACUUGCCAUUCAUGAGUGUAAAUACAUCACUUCGUGAAAAUCCAACACCAUCAGGGUCAAAUGUUGGUCCCUCGAAACCCCUGCCAUUAAACAAAGGCACGGUAACACCGAAUAACUUGCCAGUAGAAGAUGCAUUUCAGGAACAAUAUGAGGGAGAAACUGUGACGGCACCUUGGGAAGAAAUUAAUGGAGCUGAAACCAAUAAAUCAAACCUUUGUGAUGAACAGGCAAGACUGUCCGAAGGCAGUGUAGAAACACUAGGACAGUCAGCGUCUGUAGAUAAAGCAUCAGAGUCGUCUCAGUGUAGAGACUCCCAGAACCGACUGCAAGGAACAUCAAAUGAAUGUUGUACUUCAGAUGUGGGAAUAACCAAAGAUAUUAAAGCAGGUCAUACAGAACCAAUUGUUGAAAGUACUUCCAAAUUAACUAAAUUGCUGGCUACUACCUGUGGCAUCAGACGAAGAAGAAGAAGAAGAAAUGCAAAUACCAUCUAUUGCAGAGUAACAGCUAAACGCAGAUCUGUUCCAAAAUCAACAAAAACCUCGAUAAUUUCUAAAAAUACAGGUGUAAUAGUGGAAGCUAAAGUCUCUGAUGUACAAGACAGUGGCAGUAAAAUACCAGAAGAUUCUCCCACAAAAUUUAUCAAAAAUUGUGAUGGGACAGAAGCUUCAUCAAAACAUACGAAAGAUUUAGACCUGCCAAAAUCAGAUCCUCAAGUUCUUGCAUCUGCUACUGCUGUAGUUACAAACGUAAGAUUAGAGGAAGGUCUGUCUAAUAAUAUAACAUCUGAAUCAGUUUCUAAGAACGUCCUGAAAUCAGCCAUACCAGGUGAACCCCUUCUGCGUAGGUCUAAACGGGGAGCGUGCAAGAAAAUAGAGAGCCAUGUGUUUAGUGAUAGCGUUCAGAAACUGUGUAUGGAGGCAUCUCCCUUGCUGAAUGAUCCUAAGCUGAAAAUGCAGGCUGUUGUUAAGCUAAAGAGACAUGAACUGGGUAAGGAGAAUAACAGAUCGUGCCAUUCAAGACCAGAAUUAUCUGCUACAAGAGAAGACAUUUCAACCAGUGAGAAUUUAUCGACAGUUCCAGAAAUCUCCACAUCCCAAAUGUCUGAAUGCUUCUCAUUCAUUAAAAUGCUGUCUUCCUGCCAUUCACCCUCAGGAGAUAAGGCAACUGAUCACGUUUCAGAACUGAAUCCCCACAGUUUAAUGGCAAAGUUUUGCACACACCAUCAGCCUCAUCUCCCCUGUCACAGCACAUUUGAGAAUACAAACCAUUGUCCAAGAAGUCAGUCAGUAACGAGCACUGUUCAUUUGUCACAUUCAACAUGUGGGCCAUUGUUUUUCUUACCACAUCUCUGUGGCUGUCUCUCCAGUUGCCCAUUAUUACCGUUAUCUGUUGAUGAUUCAGUCAAUAGUGAAAAAUGUCUUGAGUUUGAUUCCAGUGAACAAAAAAAGGGAACUGAAGAAUGUCGUAGUGUUGUUCGGUCGUCACACAAAUCUCCGCUGCUUGUGAACGAGCAAGAUAUCGUUAAUCUGGCAAAGCAUCAACGUGAAUUGUGGUCUUUGAGCAACAAGAUUUGCAGGGAUUGCUGGACAGGCGUUACAAGUACGUGCAAUAAGGAAGGUUUAGUAAAUGACGGUAUGUCUUGUACAUCUGAACAAGUGAAAGUAACAAGUGCAAAUGAGUUACUGAAAGAAACUCCAGUGGAUGAUGACACUAAUAUAAAUAGUGACAAUGAUGGGAAGGUUUUACAGCAGGUUGUGAAGCUGUUGACCACUCCAAAGCGAAGUAUCACCACGCAAGUGGACUUGGUUGGUGACGUUCUACAAGGCUCAGAACACUUAGCGCCAGAAAACCAAGCAGAAAACAUGUAUGCUGAUUUAGUUGUAGCAGUGAGUGUCUGUCUGAUAGAAGCUUGCCAUCAUCAGGGUGCCUUGAUGAUGGAAGCAGUAAGGACAUCUGAAACGUUGGUAAACUUCUACCAGACUACAUGGCACUACAACCCAGAAGACAGCCAUCUUUGUGCUCACCACCAUGAAAACCUGAAAUCCUGCUAAAUAAGAUGUAUUUUCAGUUCAUUAAUUGUUUUAAGUACCCCUCCAUAUCUCUCAAAUUCAAUCAUCAAAGAAAGUUUCAGUAAAUGCAUAUGAAUACCAUGUAUGUAAUAAGUUAUAUUUAUUGAUCAUAAACAUGUCUUUUCUGUGUAAGACUUGAGGUUCUCACA